AUGGGUAUCACAGGUCUUCUUCCUCUUCUCAAGUCCAUCCAAAGACCGGGCCACAUUAGGGAUUGGGCUGGGAAGACGGUUGGUGUCGACGCAUAUGUCGACUACGUUAUGCACCGAGUCAGGAUGCUACGGCAUUUUGGCGUCACGCCGUAUCUAGUAUUCGAUGGAGACUACCUUCCGAGCAAGUCCGGAACCGAAGUUGAACGCGAGAAAAAACGUGCACAGAGCAAAGCCACCGGACUGGAACUCCUCAAGCUCGGCCGCAGCUCGCAAGCGUACCUCGAGCUUCAAAAAUCGAUCGACGUGACCCCGAUGAUGGCCCGCCACAUCAUCGACGCGUGUGCCUCCCUCGGCGUGAAAUGUCUCGUCGCCCCCUACGAAGCCGACUCGCAGCUCUACUACCUCGAGAAAAUGGGAAUCAUCGACGCCGUUAUCUCAGAAGACUCGGACCUGCUGGUGUUCGGCGUCAAGACUCUUCUCACGAAGCUGGACCAGUUCGGGGAAUUUGUGGAGGUCAACCGUGAGCACUUCACCGCUUGCAAGGAAAUCAGUCUGGCCGGGUGGACACAGACCGAAUUCAGGCAUAUGUGUAUUCUGAGUGGCUGCGACUAUUUGGAGAACAUUCCGACGAUGGGUCUCAAGACUGCGUAUAGCUACAUGAGACGCUACAGAGAUGUGGAAAAGCUGCUCCGAGCCGUCCAACUGGAGGGGAAGAAGAAGGUUCCUUCGGGGUACCUGGAGGCGUUCAAGCGUGCGGAUAUGACAUUUCUACAUCAGCGCGUUUUCUGCCCAAUACAGGAGCAGAUAGUGAUGGCCAAUGAUCCGAGUCCGCAGGUGACCAUCGACGACGAGAUACUUUGUUACAUUGGCCCGGAAAUCGAAGCGGAUAUCGCACGUCUUGUUGCUUGCGGGCAACUCGACCCGAUGACGAAGGAGCCCAUCCAGAUUGUUCCACUGCCCCCGGGGCCGAGCAAUUCGGCGAAGCCAUGGCCCCCGCCAAACCAGAAAGUACAAAUGACGACGACGCCAAAGAAUAAAUCCAUCACAUCCUUCUUCAAGCCAAAAUCAGAAGCACGCGCCAUUGUUGCUACUCCGGUGCUGCAACCGAAGAAUACGAAUAGGAUUGUUUCUCAGUCCGCGCCAGCAAAGACGACAUCGGCAUCAACCCCCAUGAAACGCCCGUUUGAUGCGACCACCACCUCUGCGAGCAAGAAACUCAAGACCACCGCCACAACACCCACCCCAGCAGCGGUGGAACGGAGCCCAUUCUUCGCCACUCAGAGCCGGCGACCCAUCAACAGUACACCGACACCGAAGCCGCGACCGAAGAAGAACAUCACACCCGCGCUCACUCCGACCACACUCGCACUGCAGCAGAAGAAGAACGUGCCUCCCAUACCCACCCAGACCGAGGAGUCGUCACCCAGUCCCAGUCUAUGUCUACCACCCUCACCAGCCGCGAUCGAAUCUGCCAAGAAGGUCGCGCAAGGCUGGAAAGAAGCAUUCGCAUUCCCGAAGCAGGGAGGCGUAAAGGAUCUCGCCGCUGUGAUCGAGAAGCCACGGGUGCAGAGCACUGCGGUCCUUGCAAUGACAUCGCUACAGCACUUGGGUGCGAGGGCUCUCAACCAAAAUCCUAGAACAAUUCCCCCAUCCAGGUCGGCGACUAUGCCAUUAUCAAUACCCAUACUUGCAAAAUCGGAGUCGGCGGAUAGCAAUGAGAGUGAGGAGUUCCUGUCUGGUUUUGAUAGCAUUAGGUGA